CUGUCAUUGAACCUGGACUGGUGAAUUCUGCAGGUAAAGUGUCCGUCCUCAGACUAUGAUGAUGACUUCCCGGGGUUGUUGCACGGUGGUGCUGCUUUCCCUGGUGCUGCUGCCAGUUUUACUGGAAGCCACCUCUUUGUCCAAGAUCCUCAAUAAGAGAGCUGUGGACGGUCUCAGCAUUGACUCUGUCAAAGCAAAUGACUUCCUGUCCAGCCCCCGACUUAGACGUGCUGCUGACCCCAAGUGGUAUCGCAAAACCCCGGACUUCCAGUCCUACUACCGCUACUAUAACAGCAUAGGCCACUAUGAGGGGCUGUAUGAGAUUGACAAGAUCAGAAUCCUGUAUCAGCAGAUGCGUCACCUUGAACUGGAACACGGGCCUGACGCUUCUAAGUACCAGAACCUCCUGGGUGUUAAAGCAACACCCCCUCCCCCCACCCUUGCUCCCACUCCUCCCCCUCCCCCCACCACCAUGCCACCGCCAACCCCGGCGCCCUACUCCAACGCCCCAGUCAUGUACCUCUGCAACCCCAAGGACCCUCUCUGCAAACCCAACAUUGUGUACAUGCCCAUGGGCGCUGUGCCCAUUCUGUGUGACCCCCGCCACCACCCAGCCUGCAAGCCCACCAUAGUGGAGGGUGCCUUGGAAGCUGACGUCCCAGCCGCCCCUGUGGCGCCUAAAGUCCCUGAAGUCCUGGAGGACUCCGAGGAGGAGCCCGCCGCCCCCGCGCCCCAAAAGUCUGACACCCCCCUAGCCCCACCAGCCUUGAUCUUCAAAGGCAUGGAGUAUGACUGUGACCCCUACUGGGACCCCGACUGCCUGAUCGAUAACCCACCCCGGCCCAUCCUGGAGAAAGCCGAGGCGGCCCCGCCUCCCCCAGUUACAAAGGCCCCCCCACCUCCGCCCACUCCCAGUGUCUCAAAGGAAGAGGAAGAGGAGGAGGAGGAGGAGAAAGUGGAAGAGGAAGUGGAUGAGGAGGAAGUAACAGCUCCAGCUCCACUCACAAAUGAUAGUCCGCCCCAAGCUGAGCCACUCUUUGACCCUUAUGAUUACCACCGUGAACUCUUCAAUCCAUACCUCUACUCUCAAGACGAUACUGAAGACAAGUAGAAGACCUGACAGACUGUAAAGGGGUAUGCAGUGUUUGACAAUAUUUGAGUAUUCUUUCAUGCACAGGGAAUAGGAUGCAAUAAAGGAUUUGCAAUAAAGAUGGUGACAUAUGUAGUCAGUGAGGAGGAUUGCUCGAUCUCGCUUAAGGAGAUUAAUUAUCACCUUAUUAAACAAACAGCCUACCUGAAUCUCAGUUUCCAUAAAAAAAAUCCCCUUUUGAAUAAAACUCUCUCUCAGUAUGCAAUGCUGAGUCAAGACCUAACAGAUAAUCAACACGGACCAUUCCAUGUCAAUGCACAAAGGAAGAGCAUUGAUUCACAAAAAUAAGCACGUAUGGCACUUCUUUGUAGUGUUGUAGACAAUUAGCUUAUUGCUGCAUUAUCUGGUUUUAUAGUCUUCAAAUUGGACACACCCUAUACUUGCUGUUGUCAUUGCUAUGACAAAGAUUGCCCUCUAGAUCAAACAAGCUGAACUGUGAAAAUAUGAGUUAAUACAAAUAAAGUGACUUUAAUCUGAAAAUGAAGUGACUUAGUUUUUCAUAUUGGAGUAAUUUGCAAGUGCUUGUAAACACAAAAUGAAUAAACUGAUGCCAUCAGCGCUG